UUCUCUUCUCUAGAUCACUUUCAUUCAAUUCGGUAAUCUCCGUCUUUAGGUCAACCAAGUCCACCCGUCAACAUGAGAUACAUCUUCGCUCUUCCCCUUCUGGCUGUGUCGGCCCUUGCCAUGCCCGCCGUUGACGGUGACGGUAUGAAGAAGGCUGAAGAUGCCGAAAAGACCGUCUGCGAAAGCCACCAGACCGUCGUGUGCGAAGGCAACGGAAGCGGUGGUCUUCUGUCUCUGGGUAACCUCCUCAACGGUCUCCUUGGCGAGAGCUGCUCCGGCGGCGACGUCUACUGCUGCUCGCAGAGCGAUGUGGAGCAGGUCGGUCUGAUCAACAUUGAUCUCAACUUGCAGUGCAGCUUGAACCACCUUCUCUAAAAACAG